GCUGGCUGGCUCCCAGCACGAGCCCCUAGGACUCUCACCUCUCACCGGGGAAGGGGCUUCUGGGUCCUUCUAGAAACCCCAGCCCACUGCCCCAGGGCCGUUCUGCAGCUGCGGGAGAGAGAGGUGCAGAAUGAACGUCCCUCUGCUUCCGGGAGGAGGCAAGGGAAGAGAGGUUGGAAACUAACUCUGCCAGAGACUGCCGUGCGUGGGGUUUUUCUUUUCUGGUUCAUCUCCACCACAAACCUGGCUCUUCCCUGGCCAUCGGGACACGGGCUCCCCUUGCCAGGUAGAGAGAGAGCGGGAAAAGGGCUCCCAGAGACAGGAAGGACGUCUCCAGCAAUGUCCAUGCCCUUCAGGGCCAGGGGCGUACCUCCCGGACACCGCCACCGGGGCUCCUGCAGCCCCCUGGGUCAGCCGCUGCCCGGCCCCAUGCAGCCGCGCUCCCUUAAGGGGCUCUACUACCGCAGGGCCCGCAAGGUGGGCGCGCUGGACGCCUCCCCCGCGGCGGACCCGGAGAAGGAGAUCCUGGUCAACGUCGGGGGCCGGCGGUACGUGCUCCCCUGGAGCACGCUGGGCGAGUUUCCGCUGAGCCGCCUGAGCAAACUCAAGUUCUGCCGGAGCCACGAGGAGAUCGCGCAGCUCUGCGACGACUACGACGAAGCCACCCGGGAGUUCUUCUUCGACCGCAGCCCCAGCGCUUUCGGCAUGAUCGUGAGCUUCCUGGCGGCCGGCAGGCUGGCCCUGCUGCGGGAGACGUGCGUGCUGUCCUUCCGGGAGGAGCUGGCCUACUGGGGGAUCGAGGAGGCCCACCUGCGGCCCUGCUGCCUGCUGGAGCUGCUCCGGAAGCUGGAGCAGCUGCGCGAGCUCCGCCAGCAGGAGGCGCUGCACCUGCGGCGCGAGGCGCGGCGCCCCCCCGGGGACCCGUCGCGCCGGGGGGUCUUCAUGAACUGGCUGCGGGAGACGGUGGAAAACCCGCGCUCGGGGCUCCCCGGCAAGGUCUUCGCCUGUCUGUCCAUCCUCUUCGUGGCCACCACGGCGGUCAGCCUGUGCGUCAGCACCAUGCCCGACGUGAGGGCCGAGGAGGACAAGGGUGAGUGUUCUCAGAAAUGCUACUACAUUUUCGUCGUGGAGACCGUGUGCGUGGCCUGGUUUUCCCUGGAGUUCUGCCUGCGGUUCGUCCAGGCCCGGGACAAGUGCCAGUUCUUCCAAGGGCCCCUGAACAUCAUCGACAUCCUGGCCGUCUCCCCGUACUACGUGUCGCUGGCCGUGUCCGGCGAGCCCCAGGAGGACGGCAGCUGGCCCGGCGGCGGCUCGUACCUGGAGAAGGUGGGGUUGGCGCUCCGCGUGCUGCGGGCGCUGCGCGUCCUGUACGUGAUGCGGCUGGCGCGCCACUCGCUGGGGCUGCAGACGCUGGGCCUCACCGUGCGCCGCUGCACCCGCGAGUUCGGCCUCCUCCUCCUCUUCCUCUGCGUGGCCGUCACGCUCUUCUCCCCCCUGGUCUACGUGGCGGAGAACGAGUCCGGGAGGGUGCUGGAGUUCACCAGCAUCCCCGCCUCCUACUGGUGGGCCAUCAUCUCCAUGACGACCGUGGGCUACGGGGACAUGGUCCCGCGCAGCGUGCCGGGUCAGAUGGUGGCCCUGAGCAGCAUCCUCAGCGGGAUCCUCAUCAUGGCCUUCCCCGCCACGUCCAUCUUCCACACUUUCUCGCACUCCUACCUGGAGCUCAAGAGGGCGCAGGAGGAGGUCCAGGCGCGCAUCCGCCGCCUGCAAAACGCCGCCACGGCCAGCGAGCGCGAACUUCUGAGUGACGUCGACGACCUGGGCCCGGAGGGCCCCGCCUCGCCCGCUAAAUACCUGUAACUCCAGGCCCUGCAGGGAAAGG